GGCAGGGCAGGAUACAAAGGCACUAUAUAAGAAAUGACAGUCGUACUGGGAACAGAACAGACUGGAGCUUCAUCAUGAUGUUUUACUGCGGAGAGACUGUCAAACCAGACGGAUUUGGGUUGGUGAAUGUGAACAGUGUGAAGUUCAUGGACACUGGAACUGGAUACUUUUCUCCCAAACCUAGGAUCAGGGACGUGUCUUUGGGGACGAACCUUGUGGGAUUUAUACGUGCUGAUGGAAACGCGUCUGUCAUGAGACUGAACGUUGGGGCUGAUGGAACUGUGGGAAAACUCAAAGCAUUAGACCUGAAGAAAGACAAAAUCAGACUGAUCAGAUGUGGUAAAGCUGGUGCUGUCCUACUGACAUAUGGAGGCAGAGUACUUUCUUUGGAGAAAGCUUAUGUUUGCAGGCCCAUCAAGAAGCUCUGCAAUGAAACUGUAAUUCAGGUUGCGUGUGGAAAUCAUCACUUCAUGGCUCUGACAAAUGAUGGUAAGCUGUUCACGUGGGGUCAGAACUCGAGCGGUCAGCUAGGUUUGGGGAGGGAUGAGUCGAGCUCUCCGUCUCCUCAGUUUCUUAAGUCUCUGUGUGGGAUUCCACUGGCUCAGAUCAGCGCUGGAGGAGACCACAGCUUCGCCCUGUCUCUCUCCGGAGCCGUGUUCGGUUGGGGAAGGAACAAUGCCGGGCAGCUUGGUCUGGGACAUACAGAUGACGUGUACAGUCCAACCUGUGUGAAUAACCUGAGCCAAAAGAAAACAAUUUCCAUCUCAUGUGGAGAGGAACACACUGCUACUUUGUCAAAGGGAGGAACAGUUUUCACAUUCGGAUCAGGCCGUUUUGGACAGCUUGGUCAUAAUUCAUUACAAGAUGAACUUCAGCCACGUGUGGUGUCCGAGCUCUGGGGUUUAAAUGUGUCUCAAAUUGCAUGUGGGAGGCAUCACACUCUGGCACUGGUCAAAUUGUCAAACACAAUCUAUUCAUUUGGAUGUGGAGAACAAGGACAACUAGGAAAUGGACAAAGAACCAAUCAGAGUGUGCCACUUCCUGUCCAGCUGCCACCAGUGGCAAGUAACAGCCAUACGCUCGAGAGAAUCAUCGCUGGUGGGAAUCGAUCCUUUAUCAUGAGCUCUCCUCAGAACUCUGAACCUGAGCCUAAUCGAAGGAGGGAGAUAGUGACAUUAGGGGACAGAAUGAUUAAAAGAUGGGUAACUGAGUGUGAAUCAAAUCAGUGGAGGAUGAUCAAAAAGGAAAUAAAAACAGUUUUCUCAUCCCUGGCUUGUAUAAAUGGGAGCUUCAUUAUAAACGGCUGUGAUAGACAUUAUCAAACAUCCACACACUUCUCUGGCUUGGAUAUGGAAUCUGUGAAAAGUGCUUUUGACCGUUUGGCUGAGAAGGAGAGUGCGUUGUUGGAGGUUAGGAAGGUGGUAGAGAAAGAUCUUCUUCCCACUCUGGGUUUCACGGCUGCUGGUGUGGAGGCUUUGAGGGUUUUUCUCAUCCUGCCUGAACUCCUGCGAGUGCUGGAUGAACUGGGACACGAGACAAAGCUCACAGCAUCUUAUGCUUCUGCAGUUUUAAGUCUGAAUCCGGGUAUGCUUGGAUUAUUAGAGAACUUCUGGUCUGAACUUCCCGAAACAUUCCUUAAAACAAUAGUGAAACUUUUUCAAACUUCAUCUGGAAAAAUGAUAUCUGAGAUGAGGUAUGGAAAACAAAACAACAUGUAUUCACCCUUAAGUACAUCAUUACAAGUCCUCCAGAUGCUCUACAAGGCUUCCUGCAGGAACCAAAGAAAACUCACACCUGGAGAUUUCAUCAUCAAUGAGAUCAAUGAGCUGUUUGACAUGUUAUAUGCUGUACAGACAGACAUCACUAAUGCUUUAUGGACUGUAGACCUUAAUGCGCUGCUUGAAAAAAAACAACACUAUAUGAAAACCUUAAAACUUCUGAUCUCGAGUCCUUGCGUCUUUACUAUGGAGAAUAAAUACAGACUUCUAAAGUUCAGAGAACCUCUGGUACCAUUUAGGAUGGAGUUAAGACGUACCGCACUCCUGGAGGACUGUUUCCAAUGUCUGAGGAACGCAAGUGAGCAAGCGCUGAAGGGCUGGCUGCAGGUGGUGUACUGUGAGAACUUCGAGAAGAGCGACGUCAAUAAGAGGGACUUCUUUCACAAUGCAUUUAAAAUGCUGCUGGACCCAGAAUCGAAAAUGUUCAUGUACAACGACACAAAAACGCUCAUCUGGUUUCCUGUUGAGCCAACACUUGAAUUAGAACAGUACUUCCUGUUUGGGAUCCUCUGUGGCCUAGCCCUCUACAGCAACAACAUAGUGCACAUGCCCUUUCCUCUGGCCUUUUUUAAGAAGCUGGUCAAUGUAAAGCCUACUCUGGAUGAUAUGACUGAGUUCGCCCCUGUGAUCGGAAAGGGUUUGCAUUGCAUUCUUCAUGAGUACCCUGAUGAUGUUGUUGAUGACUUGGAGAUCCCUUUCUGUGUGCACUGGGAUGGUGCUGAUGUGGAGUUGGAGUCCCACAAAAAUGGACAAUCGGUGACAAGUUAUAACAAGAAGGAGUUUGUGGAAGCGUAUGUAGAUUACGCAAUGAACAAGUCGGUGGAGAAGGUGUUUAAUGAGUUUAAGAGAGGAUUCUACAAAGUGUGUGAUGAAGAUGUGGUGAACUUCUUCCAACCGGAGGAUCUCAGAGGAGUGAUGGUGGGAACAGAGGAAUAUGACUGGGACACAUUCAGACAGAAUACAAAAUAUGUUGGACAAUACCACGAGAGACAUCCGACUAUCAUUGCAUUCUGGGAGGUAUUCGAGGAGCUGACACAGGAGCAAAAGAAAGCCUUUCUCUUGUUUCUAACAGGCUGUGAUCGUGUGCCUGUCCUUGGGAUGGAUCAGGUUAGGAUGACUGUGUUGGAACGCCCUAACUUUACCCAGAACCACCUGCCUGAGUCCCUCACCUGCCAUUCUCAUUUCAUGCUUCCUCCUUAUGAAAGCAAGCAGCGUCUGGAGGCAAAACUUCUUGAAGCGAUAAACCACAACCGAGGCUUCUGGAUAGAAGAUGCAUAGAUAUUUAGGUCAUGAAUUUUAGAUAUUUAGGUCAUGCAUGGCUCUACAUCUUAUGGACUAUAUUAUAUACUAUUUCUUGCUUAACAGUUUGCUUAUUAUACAGCUAGAUCCUGAGUUAUGAAGGAGAUGCAUUCUGAGGAACCCAUUGUAAAUAGAAAAUAUCGCAAAUCAAAUUAUGACCUAGCCUACCUAGGAGUAUGGGAUAAUGCAAUCUAAUAGAAUGUUUGUUCAGUAAAUAAUAUAUCUGCUAUAAAAACUUUAGCAAUGACCAUAACCAUAAAACAAAAAUGACCGUAACCAUAAAAUGAGCCGUUAAAGCUGUGUAUCACACAUACAUUGAUGUAUCGUAUUGUCUUUUACUCACCAAGAUUCUGUUUAUUUGCAUAUUUGAACAACGUUAUGUUGUUGAUGGCUACAUUAACUUAGUUGUAGGAAGAAAAACGAAUUGCACCAAAUACAUGUCUCUAUCGUCUAUCGUAUUUCGGGUCGUAUCGGUAUUAUGUUAUAUAUUAUGUUGCUUGCGAGUACUGAUUAACUAAAAUCUCAGAUAACUAACACUAGUUUUCUUGUGUGUUAGUAUAUAUUGCAUUUGUAAUGUUGACCAUGUUGCAGAUGAAUUACAAAGAUUAUUUGCAUCACUUACAAAGUAGAAGAAGGAAACUCUAUGUUUAUUAAACUCUAUGUAUAUCAUUUAUGUUCUUGCAUGUAUAAUUUGUUCUUAUUAGCUGAGGUGAGUGCUAAAUUAAACUACUGCGUAAUUGCUUGUCCAAUAACACUGAUUACUAACACUGAAUAAAGAUAAUGAGAAGCAUUGCUAAACUGUUCAUAAUGCAACACAAACCUAAAAUAAAAGUAUGUUCUGUUUAUGACGUCAAUGUGAAAGUAAAGUUUUUAAAUGCUUUAUUACUUUAUUCAAAUGCUUUUAGCAUGGGAGGUGUAAAUGUGUGGAACAGAAAGUCUUUCUAUGUAUAUCCUUAUAUUCUAAGCUAUAACCUUAAUGAACCUAGUUAUUAUGUAAUCCCAGAGAGCCGAAUAAUUGUGUGUUCCGCUGCCAGAGCCAGGCUUCCACAAAUAUAAUACUUGUCCUUCUGUUGUACUACUUUGUGCUUGGAGUCAUCUUUAGGUGCAGAUUUCUGUAUAAAUACUGUAAUGUAAUGCCCCAUAUUGCAUUUCU